AGAUAUUUGAGCCUGAACUUUAUAAUCUAGAAAAUAAUAGUGAAAUUAAGAAAGAAGCAGGAAGUAGUGAUAGAUUGAAAAAGAUAUUUGAGCCUGAACUUUAUAAUCUAGAAAAUAAUAGUGAAAUUAAGAAAGAAGCAGGAAGUAGUGAUAGAUUGAAAAGUAUUGAUAAAUUUGAGAAUUGUUUAGAAAAUAAUAAUGAGUUUGAGAAAUUUGAAAAUAUUAAUAAAUUUGAAAAUAG